CAGGAACAUGGGCUUGCUCCAAGCACCCAGCAACAGAAAUGGAUCUUGUGUGGCAUGCAGUAAACACGCAAGCGAAGCCGGUCUGCGAGUACAAAAUACUGCACAACCCGUCCCUUUCCUUCAGUUUCCUUUCCAUCACGCCCGUUAGGAUUUACCUUCGCUUUACUGUACAAGAGCUCCCUCGCUAAGGCUCGCGUUCAUUCGUUUCCUCACGCACACGAAGUACCCAUCGCCGCUGUACUAUAUUUCCCAUCAAAAGUCCAUAUAAUCAAAAAUGGUCAAAUCAGCUAUCGUGUUGGCCUUGGCCAGCACUGCCGUCGCCGGUGUUGUGAAGAGGGAAACGUCCGCUGCCAGCCCAUGGCUCGACUGGACCUCGACAACCACCACCACGACAACUAGCACUACCACCACUACCACCACCACUACCACUACCACUCCCAGCUCUACAUGGGCCGACUGGACCACCACCACUGUUCCCACCACCACCACUACCACCACCACCCCAGCGUCUACGUGGGCCGACUGGACCACCACCAAGGCAACCACUACCACCACCACUACCCCAGCUUCUACCUGGGCCGACUGGACCACCACCAAGGCAACCACCACCACCACCCCCGCCUCUACCUGGGCCGACUGGACCACCACCAAGGCGACCACCACCACCACCCCAGCUUCUUCCUGGGCAGACUGGACUUCUACCACGACUAAGAAGACCACCACCUCCGCUGUGACUUGGGGCGACUGGACCUCGACCACGACUAAGCCCGUUGUCAAGACCACCACCACCGUCCCAGCUUGGGGCGACUGGACCACCACCACCACCAAGCCUGUGACCGUCAAGACCACCACCACCGUCCCAGCUUGGGGCGACUGGACCACCACCACCACCAAGCCUGUGACCGUCAAGACUACCACCACCUCCGCUGUGACUUGGGGCGACUGGACCUCGACCACGACUAAGCCCGUUGUCAAGACCACCACCACCGUCCCAGCUUGGGGCGACUGGACCACCACCACCACCAAGCCUGUGACCGUCAAGACCACCACCACCGUCCCAGCUUGGGGCGACUGGACCACCACCACCACCAAGCCUGUGACCGUCAAGACUACCACCACCUCCGCUGUGACUUGGGGCGACUGGACCUCGACCACGACUAAGCCCGUCGUCAAGACCACCACCACCACCAAGGCCACAACUGUCAAGACCACAACCACCCCUGUGGCUCCCGUACCAGUUGUCAGCUCCUCGGUCUGGAACGACUGGACCAGCUCUGCUGCUCCCGCACCAGUUGUCUCGACCUCUGUCGCUCCCGCGCCUGUUGUCAGCUCCUCGGUCUGGAACGACUGGACCAGCUCUGCUGCUCCCGCACCAGUUGUCUCGACCUCUGUCGCUCCCGCGCCUGUUGUCAGCUCCUCGGUCUGGAACGACUGGACCAGCUCUGCUGCUCCCGCUCCUGUCGCCUCCACCACCGCUGCCCUCGUCAGCAGCUACUCUCCUACCUCUGCUGCUCCAGUUGCCACAUACACUGGCGCUGCCAGCAACAACAAGCCCGCUGUUGCCCUGCUCGGUGGUCUUGUUGCUCUCGUCGCUCUGGCUUAAAUGAUGGCCCUAGAGCAUUUAAUAUUUCCUUCGAUUCUCACAUAUCUCGAUUGCGUCUGACCCCAAGGGAUAGGGGAAGAGUGACGAGCAAUCACAUGACUUUAUGAAUUAAGUCUCGGCCAGAACCAGAUGGCGCGAGCGGACGAUCUCUACGAUACAUGGUGGCAAAAGAAGAGGCAUUAAUGGGUGCAUAUAUGGUACUUCACUGAAAUAUGUGAUGGAUACAAUAAUACAUAAAAAUUCGAAAAGCAUAAUUUCUAAAUUG